CCGACCUCCACGAGCAUGCGCAGGAAGCGGGGACGCGCGGCGCGCGGAGAAGCUCGGCUGUAGUGCACACGCACAAAUGGACGCUGGCACGCAGGACGAUUGCCAUGAGGACUAUAUAAUGAACAGCGUAGACCCCGAUCCAAAUGCAGAAGCUUAUAUGGACUUCAUGAAGAAACACUGUUGUUAUGAUGCAAUUCCCACCAGCUGCAAACUAGUCAUUUUUGACACCACACUGCAGGUAAAGAAGGCCUUCUUUGCUUUGGUUGCAAAUGGCCUGAGAGCGGCCCCUUUAUGGGACAACAAACUGCAGAGAUUUGUGGGUAUGCUGACAAUCACAGAUUUCAUCAAUAUUCUUCAUCGGUAUUACAGGUCACCCAUGGUGGCGUGUAUAAAUCUCAAUUUCAAAAAAUUGACCCUUAUGACUGGUUUUGUGGUCAUGUUUUUUCUGUCUGUACACAGCCUCUUUGAUGCCGUCUACUCUUUACUGAAACACAAAAUCCACAGGCUGCCAGUCAUUGACCCAGAGUCUGGAAAUGUCCUUCACAUACUGACCCAUAAGAGAAUCCUCAAGUUCCUUCAUAUAUUUGGAGCCUCGGUGCCCAAGCCAUGCUUCUUGAAGAUGCAAGUUAAAGAUGCAGGAAUAGGAACUUUCACAGACGUGGCGACUGUCUCACAGACGGCCACUGUGUAUGAUGCACUUUCUGUGUUUGUUGAGCGACGUGUUUCCGCUCUCCCAGUGGUGGAUGACGAUGGCAAGGUGGUCGCCCUGUAUUCCAGAUUUGACGUGAUUAAUCUUGCAGCGCAGAAAACCUACAAUAACCUGAGCAUGAGCAUGCAGGAGGCCGUGCGGAGGAGACGCUGUUAUGUGGAAGGAGUCAUUAAAUGUUACCCUGACGAGACUUUGGAAACUGUUAUUGACAGAAUCGUCAAGGCUGAGGUUCAUAGGCUGGUGCUUGUGGACAGAGAAGAUGUGGUUCGGGGAAUAAUCUCUCUCUCAGACCUGCUGCAGGCCAUAGUUUUAUCUCCAGCAGGUAUUGAUGCCCUGUUUUCCUAACCUGAGAGGAGAUGUUUUCUCCUGUUACCUCAUCUAACCAGCACUAGUAUCCAGGUAGGCUUUACUGCCUUCCCAGCCUAGCUUUGCCAACACAUGCACUGCUGCUGCGCAUAGUACUAGUCAAAAGUUUGGACACACCAAACUCAGAACAAAAGUAAAAUCAUCCAAACUAUAUAAUGGAAGUGGAAAUGGAAUGGAAUUAUGUAGUGACAAAAAAAAUAUAUAUAUAUAUUUUUUUUAUUAGAAGU